UCCACCUAUUGACGUGACUGCUCGAACGAGUACGUCGCGUACUUUAGUUGUCUCUGAAGCUCAACCUGAUGGAGAUGAAACUUCGCCUCCUCAGCAAGACAUUGAGCACCCAACUCCAGUUGCGAGCCCCCGUGCCUCUUCACCAAAGAGAGCUAGGGUCGAACCAACCAAGGAGUCCACCCUGCUAAUUGGUGGUUCCACGACUCCUUCAAUGGAUGAUCCUUUGAUGAAGGAGUUUAUCCGUCUUGGUACCCAAUUCGUCGGGUACCGUGACCAUGCUAAAAAGCUUGAAGCCAAUCUUGCAGAAGCCAACAAACAUGCUGAUGCUCUUGCUCUUGAAUUGGAGCAAAGCGAAAAAGCUCGCAAGAAAGCUGAAUCAGAUGCUGUCGAUGUCGAAGUUCUUCGAAAAAGACUUCAAGACGCGGAAACUUCUUUAAGCGAAAACAUUGCUCAGCAAUCUGCUCGUGAAGAGGAAAUCCUUACUCGCUUGGAGUCGCAGAGUCGACGUUUUGUCGGUGAGUGCUUCAAACCAUUGUUAUUUCUUCGGGUGAUCAUAUUCUUCCUGGCGCACUUUUGACGAGCUUCCUUUUGCUUGUUUUAGGGAAAAUGCAUCAAGAUUUUGACUUGGAAAAUCCUGAGGGCGAUCGCCUUCUUGACGCGCUCUCCUUCCUUGAAAUUCAUGGAGACGAGGCACGCGAAGGCCUUGCUGACGCUAAAGCAGGUCUGUUGAAGCUUUUCCCCUACUUCUUCACGAAGAAAAAAGAGCCCGAGAUUUUUACUGCUCUCGCCAAGUGCUUCAAUUCUAAAGAAGAUCUUGGGCUCAAUCUGCGACAAGAAGGCCUGAAGAUUGGUGUUGAAGGCACCAUUGCCUUGGUUGCUGACAGCCAACAAGAUGUCGACUGGGCUAAAGUUGGCGAUAUAAAGGAGAUGGAGACGAAGAAGUGGCAGUCUUUGAUUAAGGCUGCCAAGCCACACUCGAAGAAAAUCCUUGCCUUCCUUGGGUGCAAGCCAACUUCAGCUCCUAGUUCAUCGAAGCCGGAGCUCAAGUAGACCACCUUACCUCUUUUUUUGUUUUGUUUUUCUUUUGAUGUUGUCGCCACAAUAGUUUUGGCGACAACUGCCCCACUAGUCCUGUAGGAGCCCUUCUUUGUAAUAGCUUUGUAAAUAUCUGACCUUAUUAAUGAAAAAGCUAUGGUGCCGAAUUAUUGAUAUCGAAGUAUUUUCUCUCUAGUUAAUUUUUGACAACUAUACUGUGGUGCCUUCCUCGGCUGCUCUGCCUGCUGCGUCUUGCUCGAAAAAGUCCUCCGCUGACGAGUUUAUUGGAGGUUCAUCGAGUGCUGCACAUAAUGAAGAUUUGGACGAACUCCGUCAACAACUGCAGUAGAUGAAAA